UCUAUUUUGUACAUUUUAAUUCUUCUAGCAACUUCGAGAGCCACCAAAAAAUAUUCAUCCUCUUCAAACAACAACCUCGUACCUUCUUAACAUUUCCCACAUGGAUUGUUUAGUCAUGCCAGUUUCAUUGAUCCGUCGAAAAUCCGCAGGUUCAAGGUUGGGUUACAAGCCUCUAAUCACCGAUGAUGAGCUGGAUCAAGAUUCCGACAGCCGUGUCACGGUGGUGGUCGGAAAACAUAAGAGGGUGUUUCUUGUGGACCCCAUCAUAUUACAAGAGAACCCAUUUCAGGUGUUGAUGGAUAUUUCUAUGAGGAAGGAUACGGCAAAUAAGGAUAAUUUUCAUUUCACGUCAAGUGAACACAAAGUUAUAUUUGUGGAUGUUGAUGAUAUUUUGUUUGAGCACAUGUUGUGGCUUAUGUAUAAUGAUACAUCUUCUUUGUUUCAACUCAAUUUGAAGGAUAUUGUUGAUUUCUAUACUCUUGAGGAUAUGUAAUGUAAUCAUCUAAAUUACAGAGUACUAUUGUAGAUUUCCCCCACAAAACAGAGGUACUAUGUUCAUUUUACAAUUUUAUGUUCAUACUUUUAUUUUAGAAUCAAAUCAUCUCUUUGUCAAAUACAGGUACAUGUAAUUUCUUGUAUUAUUAUUAUUAUUAUUAUUAUGUGUCUAAUGAACGAAUACCAUUGAUAUAUUGUAUUA